GGAGGAGGGCAGCACAGGUCGCUGCUCCGUCUCACUCGCACUCGUUCGUUCUGUCUGUCUCCCCGUGUAACCCUCACUGUCGCCCCGCUGUGCCCGCCCGAGUCGCACAGACGUCAUGUUCCGUUGACGCGUUGAGGCAGCGAUAAGAGGCCAUUGAGCGAUGGGCAACGCCGAGAGCAAAGACGGCGCUUCAGGCCCACCCGCGACGUCUCCGGGCAGCAGCAACACCACCAAGCCGCAGCGGACAGGCAGCAGGCGACUGAACAAGAAGCCGUCGUUGCCCACCGAGGGCUGGGUGACUUCGAGUAGCUCCGACCCGCCGUCCACCUCGCAGUACUACGCCCACGGAGCCACCGUCUCGGCCUCACCCAAGCGCGCUGCACACGCCCGCGCGAGGUCCAUCACCGCUUCACAGUCAAACCACCACCGCGCCGUCGACGACCUUGCCCACAGCCACCGCUCGGCCUUAUCGGCCAUUUCCGCCAUGGGCCAGGCAGAUAGCAAGGCCCGCCCGCCAUCGAGGUCAAACACUCUGCCCAUCCACACCUCACCACCGCGCCCGCCGACCCCGCCAUCACAACCGCAAGAACCCGCGCCCGCGCCCGUCACUGAGUCGCCCGAGCCGACAGAAUCACAGCCCGUCGAUGUUCCACCCGCCAACCAUGUCGGCGGCGACGAUGUGAUACCAGAUGACUACAUCCCGACCGGAUAUUCCGCCAGCCCAUAUGGCCUGCCACCUGCCAACUACAGUCGUCCGCCUAGAUUGCCGCUGCCUAUCGAGGAGGAGGUGCACACGCCGGGCUCCCCCAUCAUCACCCCGCAGGAUAUUACUGCGAUCAAAGAUGAUGAUAUUGAGGAAGGUGCCAUACCCCGCAUAGCCUCUGUGCGGAGUUCCACCACAGUCGACGACGACGAUGUGGGAGACAAUGACGCAUAUGACACGUCCGGAUUGAACAACGGCUCAGUCAAGGUCUCAUACAAGUUCGCAUGGAACGGGAGCGGCGAGAAAGUUUUCGUCACAGGAACAUUUUGCAAUUGGGACAAAAAGAUCAAAGUGCCCCGCAACAAGGAUGGCGCACCGGGGUUCUCUGCGCGACUCUAUCUCCCUCCGGGCACCCACCAUUGUAAAUUUCUGGUGGAUGGGGAAAUGGUCACAUCACCAGAUCUCCCUACUACUGUGGAUUGGACAAAUAUUCUCGUCAAUUAUAUCGAGGUCGUGGCGCCCUUGCCAGAGGGACAAACGCAGCCACCCGAGGCAGCUCAGCCAAUUGACAUACCCGGCACAACUGCUCCCGCUGACGAGGUCACGGGAAAGCAGGACGCCGCAGUACGCGCGCUGGCAGAUUCGGCGCAGCCAUCCGAUAAUGAAGCCAAUGUGCCAUCUCCGCUGCAAGCAACCGACGGCUCGACUAAGAGCGAGAAACAGCCCACGGAAGUGUCUGCAUUCAUCCCUAUCCCUUCCACCCCUGCACCACGACAGAUUGAGCCUCAAACAGAGCCCGAGACCAAACCCAAGCCAGCUCCGAAGCAGACGAUCCCACGCGCCAAGUACACCAAUACGAUUCCACAAUUCCUAGUAGACUUAGACAACUACCAGAACCCCGAAGAUGAGCGAUAUCAGCGCGCUCAGAGAGUGACGAACACUCUUCCACAGCCGCCGAGUCUACCAAUGUUCUUGAAUAAGAGCAUCUUGAACGGCGCCACUCCUCACAAGGACGAUGCUAGUGUACUCAUCAUGCCCAAUCAUACCGUGCUUAACCACUUGGCUACUAGUAGCAUAAGAAGCGGCGUGUUAGCCACGAGUGGUACCACGCGGUACAAGCGGAAGUUCCUCACAACAAUCAUGUACAAACCGACCUCGGAGGAUACAUGAGACUCUAUGCGGCAUUUUCCCAACAACUUGCCCACUGGUCGCAACGCAUUGCGGGGCGGGCGUAACAUUGACGACCCUGCGCACAUUGCUCCGCAACGAGCAACGAGCGAUCAAAAAUGACUUUCCUUACUUCGCUGCUCACGCUGACGCGCAAGAGUUGACGUCGGCGAGAUGCAGAUGUGCGGAGGCUAAAGGGGAAGGAUUCACCAGUACCAUUAAAAGACGAACAGUCAACACAAAACAUAUCUAUGAAGCGGCGGCGGACUUUUUGCAUAAAUGA